CACACACAUAUAAGUUCCUCCAUAUCUAUUAAUUGUAGAUCAAACCAAAGGACUCCAUAGAGAAGAAAAGUAUGGGAAAAAAGAGAGUUGAGAAGAUGAAGUUGCUUGUGGCACUACUGGUUUUGCAGUUGUGCUUUGCAGGGUUUCACAUUGUGUCAAGGCUUGCACUCAACAUUGGUGUUAGCAAAGUUGUUUACCCAGUUUACAGGAACAUCAUUGCUUUGCUUCUCUUGUCCCCCUUUGCUUAUUUCUUAGAGAAGAAAGAAAGACCACCUCUUACAUUUUCUUUGCUGGUCCAAUUUUUCCUCCUAGCAUUAGUUGGAAUUACUGCAAAUCAAGGAUUUUACAUCUUGGGGUUGUAUUAUGCAAACCCAACCUUUGCAUCUGCAAUGCAAAACUCAGUUCCUGCAAUCACUUUUGUAAUGGCUUCUGCUAUAAGGCUGGAGCAAGUUAAUAUAAGAAGCAGAGAGGGGUUGGCAAAAAUAAUAGGGACAGUUGCAAGUGUGGGAGGUGCCACUCUUAUUACUCUGUACAAAGGCCCUCCUCUUCUACACCAACUACUGGGAAAUUCCAUACCAGGAGGAGAGAGAGGAGUAGGAGAUAUGAAUUUGUCUUCAAUGGAAAGUCAAAACUGGACAUGGGGCUGUAUAUACUUGAUUGGCCACUGCUUAUCAUGGGCUGCUUGGAUGGUCUUUCAGGGACCUGUGGUGAAGAAGUACCCAGCAAAACUGUCAAUGACCUCAUUUACAAUAUUUUUCGGAUUGAUACAGUUCUUGAUCAUAGCAGCUUUUGUAGAAACUGAUCCUGACCGCUGGAAAAUCCAAUCUGCUGAAGAAAUUUUCACUAUCUUGUAUGCUGGCAUUGUGUCCUCUGGAAUUGUGAUUUCUCUUCAAACUUGGUGCAUAUACAAAGGAGGUCCUGUCUUUGUUGCCAUAUUCCAGCCAGUGCAGACAGUUUUAGUUGCUAUCAUGGCAUUUGCAAUUCUCGGCGACCAGUUAUACUUGGGAGGGAUUAUUGGGGCAAUUCUCAUUGUAUUUGGACUUUACUUGGUUCUAUGGGGCCAAAAACAGAGAGGAAAGGUGACAACCCAAGAUAAGACGAGACUAUUAAGGAAGCCACUUCUUGAUUCUGACAGCAAAGAUACUCUUGAAUGCGACAUUCCCUGACAUACCCUUCUGCUAACAGAUCAAGACAGCUCAAGGUUUGAAGAAAAAUGGGAUCAUCUUUGAAGAAGAUUAUCUAUGUCCUACAAGGUGUGAGAUAAUCUCAACAUAUCAACAUGUAAAUCUCAGAUAAUCUUCUUUUUUUUAAUUAUUUUUUGUUUUUAGCCUGAAAGUGAAUUGAAGAGAAGCCCAUUUCAAUGAAGUCUGAAUUAUGAGAGAUCUGAUUUGAUCGGUUGGUUGCUUAUCAGCCAGAUAAUUUGAAGUUAUUGAAAGUGAGGCUUCAUGAAUUGUACUCUACCAUUGACUACUUCUAAACUAACUAGAAGACAUGUUAUUUUAUUUAUUUUUCUUUCUGACAAGCCUUCCCAAGAUAAGGCCACAUUUGACCCAUCUCUAUGAAGUUCACAUAUCUAUUGUUACAUGGGCCACAGUCCUGUGGGUGUAAAUAGGACCACGGCCCGGACCCAACCCAAAGGCUUAAGCGGUUAGGUGGAUAAACCGCCAAGGCGUAACCUUUACACAGACCACGCUCUGUAACUGCGCAUACCAGCCACACUGGCUCUAAUACUAAGGUCUUAUUUGUCAUAACCUAAAAAAAUCAAAAGGUCAAAAAGUCACUAUUCUAUUUAAGUCACAUCAUUUUAUUUAAAUUAUAUUACCUCUCUAU